UCAGUAUGGACAUACUCUUACUAUGGUAUGGAUGAUGUCACCAUUCCACCCACGCAAGAUACACCGGACUACAGAGUAGAACAACAGCUAUUACCUUCGAGAAGUCUCUACUACACGGAAGAGCAUAGGCCCUUUCGUAUAUCACCGGCACAUAAACAACUCUCUCAAUGGUGGGGAAAGGAUCAAGCCUAUUGGAUGGGUUGUUACUGCACCACAGUAUUUAAAAGACUACGCUUGCUGUCUGGGUGUGCAGUUAUAACUACACGUCAUGCCAUAACUACAGCCACAGCUACAGAAUUGAUACUUAGGAAACGUAGACAUUUCAGAACCUUUGAGAACAUAUUAGGCAUCUGGUAUGACCAAAAUGGCGAUACAUUCAACAGUUCUUUAUAUGCUACUCCAGCUCAAAUACAUUAUCAUCCAAGGUAUACUCGACCAAAAGAUGUGAAUCGUUCGCAUCCGUUCCCUAUAAUGUUUGAUAUAUCAUUGUGGACGAUGACUUACCGCUUCUUUGGAUCUUUUUGGACAAUAUCCAAAACUUAUAUUUGCAAUCGAGCCAGCUCACAUAAGUGGGAAUACGCUCCAGCUACAUUUAGAGAAGGUGAAAUGACCCAUGUGAUAGGAUUUCAAUAUAUACGUGCUUAUAAACGGAAACCAAUGCCGUGGUUCAAAUAUGUCGUACGCACUAGGAGUCAUGUUGUUCCAUGCCCGAAACUUGAAUGGGGGUGGUACCUAUGUGUGCCAGGGUAUUGGGCGCCAUUGGGCGUGGAAUCAGGAGCAGCAGUUCACCGAGUAGGAGAACAUAAAUCCUGGAGAUAUGACGGACUUCUUGGUCUAGCCGUCAUAUCGAUGAAGCUUCGCUCUCUUGGACUAAUCCACUAUUUUGGAGUAUUAGAUAGUCACCCUGUACUAGAUUUUCUCUAUGAUGCCUACAUGGGCAAAGCGAAGUAUGAAUGGUUGGAUGUUAGGUUUUAUCAAGACCGAGAACGUAAGGAAGUAGCUCUGAAAAAGGGGUAUAAUAUACCAUGGAAUUACGAUUUUGGUGAAGAAAAAUACUACGGCCAUCAUAUAUCCAAUCAUUGACAGGUUUGUAAAAUAAAUCUGUUAGUUAUUAAGAUCAACGUCAAGUUAGAAAUAAACCGAAGUUAAAUCAAAAUUACGUGGUCAUAUACAAAUCAAAUCAAAAAUUAUAUCAUAAGCCGACAAUUUUUUCUGUUAUAAUU